CUCUCACCGCGCCGUUCUUUAAUGGAGCGAGCCUAACAAACACUCCCACACAGGAGAACACCUCUUCACUUGGCCGCUUCUUCUCCCCCUCACUUCGCUUCCCGGGAGACGCGCGCGCACCCACCACCGCACCGCAUGGCGCAAGGAAGCAGGGACCCGGAGCUGUUCGCGGAGCUGUGGCGCGCCUGCGCAGGGCCGCUCGUGGAACUGCCCCAGACGGACGAGAGGGUGUUCUACUUCCUCCAGGGUCACCUGGAGCAGUUGCAAGAGCCGACGGACCCGGCGCUGCUGGCCGACCAAAUCAAGAUGUUCCAGGUGCCCAACAAGAUCCUCUGCAAGGUCGUCAACGUCGAGCUCAAGGCUGAGACGGAAACGGACGAGAUGUUCGCGCAGAUCACCCUGCAGCCGGAGCCGGAUCAAGUGAACCUGCCCACAUUACCUGACCCUCCCCUGCCGGAGUCGCCGAGGCCUGUGGUGCACUCCUUCUGCAAGAUCCUCACACCAUCCGACACCAGUACCCAUGGCGGGUUCUCCGUUCUCCGACGGCACGCAAAUGAAUGCCUCCCACCACUGGACAUGUCGAUGCCAACCCCAACUCAAGAGCUCAUCACAAAGGACCUCCAUGGAUCUGAAUGGAGGUUCAAGCACAUCUACAGGGGCCAACCCCGUAGGCACCUUCUCACUUCGGGGUGGAGCACGUUUGUCACAUCGAAGAAGCUGAUUGCUGGUGAUGCAUUUGUCUACCUGAGGACUGAGACUGGAGAGCAGCGUGUCGGAGUGAGGCGCCUUGUGCAGAAGCAGAGCACGAUGCCAGCAUCUGUUAUAUCAAGCCAGAGCAUGCAUCUUGGGGUGCUUGCAAGUGCAUCGCAUGCUAUUAAGACUAACUCCAUUUUCCUAGUGUAUUAUAGACCAAGGUUAAGCCAAAGCCAAUACAUUGUCAGUCUGAACAAGUACCUAGAAGCUAGUAAAAUUGGAUUUACUAGGUGCAUGAGGUUUAAGAUGAGCUUUGAAGGGGAAGACGUCCCUGUGAAGAAGUUUUCUGGAACUAUAGUUGAUGAAGGAGAUCUUGCUCCUCGAUGGCAAGGUUCUGAAUGGAAGACAUUGAAGGUCCAAUGGGAUGAAGCCACAAAUUUUAGUGGCCCUGAGAGGGUUUCUUCUUGGGAAAUCGAACCAUUUGAUGCCUCUGCACCUAGUAUCAACAUACCCGUGCAACCAUCAACGAAAAACAAACGGCCUAGGGAGACAGCUGAAAGCCUGGAUAUUCAAGCACUGGAACCUGCUCAAGAACUUUGGCUCUCUGGAAUGCCUCAGCAGCAUGAGAAGACAGGUGUUGGCUCCAGUGAACCCAAUUGUAUCACUGGACAUCAAGUUGUUUGGACUAGCGAGCGCCCAGGAUACGGUGCCAUGAGUAGUAGUUCUGUUUGUCAGAAUACUGUAGUACUAGAGAGUUGGUUGAAGGACUUCAACUCCUCAAGCAAGCGGGUGUCAGAUAUUUCUCAGAAACUGUUUCAGGUUACCAGCAAUGAAGCAAGAGUUGUUCCUUGGCAUGGGCUUUCUGGUUACGAGGCAGAGGAACCCUCUUCCAAGUUGUCUUGCAACACUGCUCACUGCAGUUACCGGACCGAGGAGGUCACUCCAAAUUUUGUCAAUGUUGUUGAAGAAAAGAAGGAGCCCAGCAUGUUUCGCCUGUUUGGUGUCAAUUUGAUUAACCAUACAAAUAGCGCAGCUACCACUGACAAGAUGGCCGUGGGAGUAGGGGAAACAUCAACCCGAGCUGCUGGUUCUUUUGAAGACUCUGGUCAGCUAUCAACACUCUCAAAAGUAACAAAAGAUCAUACACAAUUCGUGAAUGAAAGCCCCCGAGAAAUCCAAAGCCAUCAGAGUUGCACUGCAAGAACUCGAAUUAAGGUUCAAAUGCAUGGAAAUGCUGUGGGCAGGGCUGUAGAUUUAGCGAAUCUGGAUGGGUAUCAGCAGUUAAUCAGUGAGCUCGAAGAGAUGUUCGAGAUAAAAGACCUCAGCUCCAAAGAAAAAUGGAAGGUAGCUUUUACUGAUGAUGAGGGUGACACAAUGGAAGUCGGUGAUGAUCCUUGGCUGGAAUUUUGCCAAAUGGUCAGGAAGAUUGUGAUCUAUCCCAUCGAAGAUGGGAGGAAUAUCGAGCCUUGCCCCGAGCAGGAUGUGAAGACUGAUUUUUAGAAGGGAGGGCAGGGCUGAAAGGUGGAUGUUUGGAGCCUUUCACCAUUGAAGCGUCGGUGACAAUCGUUUUGCUGGAGGGAGAUGGUUGUAGCUGAAACAUGAUCGGUAGCUUGUUGAGAUGAAGCAACAGAUUGAUUGCUGGCAUCAGUUCUUUCUUCACAAGCAUUUUGAAGAAAAAAAAAUGAUAUAACAUAGAUUUCCAGAAAAGAAAAGUUUGAUAAUGUGGCUCUAGUUUGCUUUUAACGAAAAUGACAAUGUCUGGUUAGUAGUCUGCUUAUGUUUAGUGAAAGCCUUACUGGCGAUAAGGAAUAAUCGAGAUGUAUAAGACCUAUAUAUCGGUAUGUAAGUUUUGUAAAUAUUAGGUAUAUGGGAGGUGAUUGUCAUAUGAAAUCAGCUGCCAUCCUUUACUCAA